AAUUGCAAUUUUGUAAACUUUGUUUCUAUUUGAUUAUUUUUGUAAUUUAUAGUCAUUUUGGUAUUAUUUCAUUAUACCAAACUUUCUGGGCAGUAUUGUUUAUGUCUAGAAAUAAAUUAAUUAGCAAGAUAUUAGAUGGCGUUUCCGCAGCCUAACGCACAAAGAGAACUGACAAAUAGGAAAAUUCUAGAAGAAUUGCAACUAAAGAAACAGAUGCUGCUGAAGCAAGGUGCAGUGGCUCCUCUGACCGCCACCUCCAUAUCUCUGACGCAGCCAAACCCUGUCAGUCAGCUGCCUAUGUGCUCUAUCCCUCCAGUUUCAGCUACUGCCGGUUUCCCUCAAUUACCUGAAGCAAAUAUAGUAAAUACAAGCCACAGAGCAGCCUUACAACACGCAAACGCCACAUCCUGUGGCUACUUUGUUUCCCAAGACUCCUCAUUUGGAAACCAGAUACUCCCUGUUCUACCGAGGUUUGAUAACAAGUGA